AUGUAUCAGCACGAGCACCAAGGCCCGCACGCGCCGCUCGGCCGCCAGCAGUCGGCCGCGGACCUGCUCGCCUACCGACGCUUCUCACCCACCGAGUUCGCCAAGUCUGUCGUCGGCGUCCUCAAGAUCGUCAUCACCGUGCUGUUCCUGGUGGCGGCCGUGGUGUUCCUGUCCUCGGAGCUGUGCCCGCGCGCCCCGGACUGGUACGUCUGGCUGUACCCCACGGCCGCCUUCCUGACUGCGGCGCUCACCAUCUGCACGUACAUCUUCUACGUGCUGGGCGUCGCCGAGGACGAACCCGACCACUGGGUCCGGGCGGACCUGACCCUGAUCGCAUUGGAGCUGGGCCUCACCAUAGGGGCGGCUGUCGCAACUCUCGCCAACUGCGAUUCGAGCGAGUCGCGGUUCAUCUUUUACGGGCCACUGGCGCUGGUGGGGUCCCUGCUGGUGGCGGUGAGCGGCGGCGCCCUCUACAUGAUGUGGCGGUACCGGGAGGACGUCGAGGAACCUCCUGAUCCCCAGCUCGGCGCCGACCGCAACCGAGCCGCCUCCGUCGUCAUCUGACCGCUGCCUGCCUGCGCACUACUUCUGCCCCUCUCAGCUACCUGGUGUUCAGCACGCAGAUCUCUCGAGGAUUCGAACGAAUGCUGUGGACAAUGUACACUAUGAUUCUUGCAGGACAGUCUGCGACCCCAUACAGUUACAACAGUGUUGUUUGUUUGCGUUCUUCACUAUAUUGCACGAUGUAUCAAAUAAGUUCACUACUUUGAAAUGAACCGUUUGGUGGUCGUUUCGUAAUGUACAAACGGGCGACUCGAUCCGUGUGGGCGAUUGGUACGAAUAGGGAUAGUUGACCGAAAAGUCUUCUCUUAGGAUGCAAAGAAUUUAAACAAUUUUGUUGCCUGUCAGCUGUACGCGGCUCAAAUCAGUCACGAAAUUCGUAAGUUCCAUGUUGAUAUAGAAGUCCAGUGGCUCCAAGAGAUAACAUUAUAUACACUCGCCUACAAAUUAGAAAUAAAAGGUAAAGCGAAGACGUGGCGACGUGCAUGCCCUUGAGCUGCACGUUGAUGAAGGAGAUCUUUGACGACUGACAACUCCCAAUGGCUGAUUCACAGAGUGACACCUCAGAAUCGAAAUCUGUUUUGCCUGCGGCCGUGUAGCGAUCUUACCACGUGAAACUGCGUGUAUGAGCCGACACUUGUCGCUACGGUUUGGAUUCUUUAUUACCAAUGGCUUCCCAGAAUAGCUGCAUUUUCCGUAACCCGCCCCAUAUUCUCCAUUCUGUCUUGAAAUGGUCACACCUAGAAACGUCAAGUCUAUGUCAGAUACGGUAUGUUCCACUUCAUCAUACGAGAUCCUGUAGCAACCUGGUAUCACUGUCAAAAUGGAUCUACACGCCAUAAACCAAAAUAUAGCAUUAUACUAGGCAUUCAAGCACUCCGUCUUAACGCCACAAGUGACCCAUCGGGACCAUCCGACCGCCGUGUCAUCCUCAGUGGAGGAUGCGGAUAGGAGGAGCGUGUGAUCAGCACACCGCUCUCCUGGUCGUUAUGAUGGUUUCCUUGGACUGGAGCCGCUACUAUUCGGUCGAGUAGCUCCUCAAUUGGCAUCACGAGGCUGAGUGCACCCCGAAAAAUGGCAACAUCGCGUGGCGGCCCGGAUGGUCACCCAUCCAAUGGCCGGUCACGCCCGACAGCGCUUAACUUCGGUGAGCUGACGUGAACAGGUGUAUCCACUGCGGCAAGGCCGUUGCCUGUUAUACUAGGGCGUUCUGAAAAAUAAUGCCCCCGAAUUUUUUGUGAGAAAACUCUCAAAGGUUUUUAAGUAAAACGAACAUUAUUAACAUUCUGCAUCUUUAUUCUUCAUGUUUACAUAUUUAUUUCUCAACAUAGUCAGCCUGGCGACGAAUAUAUUUCUCCCCACGAGAGACCAGUUUGUCAAUACCGUCACUGUAGAAUGUUUGACUUUGUUGACAGAGCCACGACCUCAUCUUUGCUUGCACCGCUUCCCCACUAUCAAAGUGACGUCCUCGAAGGUGUUGCUGAAGUCUUGCAAACAAAUUAAAAUAGGAUGGGGCCAAGUCGGCUGUAUGGAGGAUGAUCGAUAACAGUGAAUCCAAGGCGUCGGCUUGUUGCAGAAGUAGCAGCGCUCUGGUCUGAUAUUGUCUUGCUGAAGGGGAGGGUGGUCCAUGUGUGGACGAACUCUCCGAAUUCGAAACCCGAUUACAGCACACUGUUUCUCACGCACUGACGUAGUUUCGUUACACACCGCCAUGUUGCACGCUACAAUUCAGAGCCCUCUAGCGGCAGAAGGUUGCAAAUAUAUAGACGGGAAGAAUAAAGUUGUUCAAUGUUAAAAACGUUUGUUUUAUUUAAUAAUCUUUGAGUUUUCACAUAAAAAUUUCCGGGGCGUUACUUUUCAACAAGCCCUCGUAUACCGAAUAGCGGGCGUGUGGAUUUGCGAAGAUUUUCGGAAAUACGAUAUGACUUUAAUGUGUGCAUCCAUGUUUCUGGAACUACUGUAGGUACUAAUCAUUCUGGCGAAAUUUACUUUUUAAAAUGUUUCCUUGCCGGUCCUUAUCUUCCCGUCACAGAUUCUCCCAUCAUAGAAGGAUUCUUAAAGAUAUCGUACCAUAGUCAAUAUUGCUAAGUACUAAUUUAAGGCCAAGAAACACCUUUAUUCGAGUUAAAUGUUACAUCGAUCUGUGUAUCAAGAACUAAGUAUAUGAACUGAGCUGAUCUGUGUUAACAGCAGGUUCCUUUCGUACGCCUACCACAAUGCAGUUGUGUAGAGGACAUGUCAGUACGUGAACAAUUUUGAUCAUGCAAAUUACGAAAGCCAGUUGGUUUACAAUUAUUUUUUCCACAAAAAAUAAGUUCUGCCUAAUAUUCCCGCAGUAUAUUGAUCAUGUAUUCUGCGGAGAAAGAUUUCACAUUAACACUAGACGAGUCAAGUAAUGACAUGCACGUCUAAAUUAAUUUUUAAUAAUUAGCCCAUAACCUCUCACAACGUUUCCGUGAAUCAUCUUUCUCAUUGAAUUUAAUCUCAAAGGAGAGAUUCUUUUGUAAAUAAAACACU